AUGUCGGAGAGAAUGAAUAGUCUACUGCAAGUCGAACCUCCAGCGUACCUGAAUAUGGAGGAGACAGGGCGAUUGGCUGAUAACUGGGAUCUAUGGCGAACGCAGUAUGGAGACUUUCGUACACUGACAGAGAUGGACCGCGAAUCCAGCCUGGUGCAAUUGGCUUCGUUCCGUCACACCAAUGGUCCGAAUGCUCUGCGUGUCAUAAAUGGAUUCACGUAUAGUCCGGAUGAGGACCGUGUAGUUUGGCAGGUGGUGAUGGCGAAGAUGGAGCGCUACUGUCUUGGCGAAUCUAACGAGACUUAUGAACGAUACAUUUUCAAUCAGAGAAAGCAGCAACAU